ACAGCAGCGACGCCGCUCCCGGCUCCUUGCUUCGUCUCUUCGUUUUCCACCCGUUUGCUCUUCUUCUGCCUUCUUCCUUCUUUCUGCGUGCUUAUCUCUCCUGAGAAGGCCUUCUUUUUGUUUAUUUGCCUCGUUCAUCUACUUCCUCCCUCAACGAUGCGCCUCCAGCUGCUUCUCGUAGCGCUCUUCGCCUUCCUCGCGCUCGUUCUCGCUAUCCCCGUCGACGAACCCGCCGCGAAGUCCACCGCGGCAAAGGAUCCCACCGUCGACCUCGACUCCACCACCUUCAAAUCCUCCAUCGCAAAGGGCACCUGGUGGGUCAAGCACUUCUCGCCCUACUGCCCGCAUUGCAAAGCCCUCGCGCCCAUCUGGUCACAAGCCGCCGAGGAGCUCGCGGCAGACGCGAACACCGCAGACUUUCAUUUCGCAAACGUCGACUGCGUCGCCCAGGGCGAUCUCUGCGACCAGAACGACGUCACAGCCUACCCAACUCUUAUCCUUUAUCGCGACGGCGUUCUCGUCGAGCGGUAUCCUGUUCGUGGCUCAAAGACCCUCGAAGGCCUCAAGAGCUACGCGCUCUCACAGUUCAAGGCCGGCGGCAGCGCUGGCGGUGCCGAGAGCGAAGACACAAUCGAGGACGCCGCAGUAGGCGUCGUCAAGGGAGCCUCUGUUGUUAAAGAGACCACAGAGUCCAAGGGCACCAAGGAUGCGGAUGCCAAGCUCGAUGCUGCUGCCGUUCCCGCGACUCCUGCUACAGGCGACGUUGCUGACGACGGCGAAGACGAUGGUGACGAAAAGACUGCUACCGAGACGCCUGCUGUUCCUGUUGAGAAGACUGAUGAAGAAAAGGCCAGCGAACUUGCUGCUGAGGCCGCCGCCGUCGUCGUGCCUCCCGCCGGCAGCACUCCCAACCCCAAGGGCGUCUCCGUUCCUCUCACCCUCACCUCUUUCAACAAACUCGUCUCUUCCACGCGUGAUGGCUAUUUCAUCAAGUUUUACGUCCCAUGGUGUGGUCACUGUCAGGCUAUGGAGCCUGCUUGGAACGAGCUUGCCCGUCAGAUGCAGGGUAAGCUGAACAUUGCCGAAGUCAACUGCGAGGACGAGAAGCGCCUUUGCAAGGACGCCAGACUUCGUGGAUAUCCUUCCCUGAUGUUCUUCAUCGGACAGGACCGUGUCGAAUAUGACGGUCUCCGUGGCGUAGGUGACCUCGUUGCUUUCGCAAACAAGGCCAUGGGUGCUCACGUGCGCUCUGUCGACGCUACUGAGUUUGAAGAAAUCGAAAAGAAGGAGGAGGUUGUUUUCCUCUACUUUUACGAUGAGAACACGGCUAAGGAGGAUUUUGACGCUCUAAACCGUGUCGCCCUGCCUCUUAUCGGUCACGCCCCCAUCUACACCACCUCCUCAUCGAUUCUCGCCUCUCGAUUCCGCGUGACUACAUUCCCUCGUCUUGUUGCUAUCUCUGAUGGUAGACCAUCUUACUACACAGCGCUGUCGCCCAAGGAUAUGCGUGACCACCUCAAGGUUCUUGCCUGGAUGAAGACGGUUUGGCUGCCGCUCCUGCCAGAACUGUCGGCGAGCAACUCACACGAGAUCAUGCAUGGCAGACUUGUUGUGCUCGGAAUUCUGGAUAAGUCCAACGAGGCCGAUUUCGAGCGAUCGAAGAAGGAACUCAAAGCUGCUGCGACCGAGUGGAUUGACUACCGUGUGGGCGCCGAGAAGGCCGAGCGCCAGAACCAGAGAGAGUUGAAGGAGAUGAAGAUCGAGGAGGCGAACGACAAGGGCGACAAAAAGGCUCUGAAGGAAGCGCAGAACAUGCAUAUCGUUCUCAGCCCGCGCAAGGAGGUCGGUUUCGCCUGGGUCGAUGGAAUGUUUUGGGAGCGGUGGCUCAAGAAGACGUAUGGGAUUGACGUGCGCGAGACCGGCCAGCGCGUGAUCAUCAACGACGAGGACAACAAGAUCUACUACGACCAGACCGCAGACGGCUCUGUAAUCACACCAAGCUCAAAGACUGUUGUGCUCGACACCCUCAAGACCGUGAUUGAGAACAAGAACAAGAUCAAGCCAAAGUCGACGACGGGCAAGUUUGUGAACUUUGUGAACGCUUCUAAGAGCGUCAUCCACGGAUACCCGUUCGCGCUCCUGAGUUUUGUCGUCGGCAUCAUGCUGACGAUCGCGUGGUGGUUCAAAAGCAAAAUCCGCCGGUCGUCGAGAGGGCUCUCGACCGCCGGAUACGGAAUUCCCACUUCUGUGGGCGGGAAGUUCGAUUAGGGCGGCUGGACUGGAUCUUAAAUUGCUUCACAUCUUUGUAUUUUUUUUUAUUCUUUCCCAUUUUAAUCGUCCUCUUUCUUGUGUUUAUAUUUUUCAAAAAUACAUGGUAGGCUUGACUUACUUUCUCUCCUGACGCUCUUUUGCAUUAAGCUCUUGACUACAAGUAACUGCAUUCUCAUGAACAAGAUAAAUCUAUCAUAAUAUCAACAGCCACCGUAGUCUGCGC